AUGGCUAUGAAUGUUCAGACAAUCAAACAGCUUUACUAUGGCACUGAUCCUUAUACGCCCUACUUUUCACGCAUCAUCUUCCUACUGGUCAUGGAUUCGCCUCGGCACAAUCUUGUUAUCAUUGAUUCGGCUGGAGAUACAUUGCUGAUUCUGGAGAAUCCAGCUGAUACCUUUGCGGUGUGGACGGAGCCCGUGGAUGCUGCAAAUGAUUCAGAAGACAUCAGCACCGAAGACAAUGGCGAAGAAGUCCCAUGCAAAUGCAGCGAUGACGAGUCGCCUCACUGUACGGAAUGGGAAGAAACAGACGGAGAGCACGACGAGGACGAGCGGUCUAAGCAGCGGAGUAAACCACCAGUUCCUUCAGUUCCUGUUGGAUGGAACGAGGAAAACCAACCCGCUUCCACGGCAGUUGAUUCAUCCCAGCAGUGUACUCCUACAGCCAUCAUCUACCAGGUGUCAUCGGCACAUCUCAUGAUAGCCUCGCCACGGUUCAUGAGUGAGAUGAAAUCUUUGGACAGCGGCCGCAAAGACAGCAAUGGCUUCUAUCAUUUGAAAGCCUCAAACUGGGAUCCCGACGCCUUGGAAAUACUACUCAAUACGCUUCACACCCGCUACCGCCGAGUAGCAAAGGACCUGACGUUGGAAAUGCUCGCCAAAGUAGCCACAAUAGUGAACCAUUAUGGAUGCGGCGAGGCUUUCGAGCUCAUAUCCGAAACGUGGAUUCGACACGCGCGGGUACGCUAUCCAAUGCCGCAGACGUACGACCGCGACCUGAUCUUGUGGAUGUUCGUUGCUUGGGUAUUCAGAUUCCCAAAGGAAUUCCGCAAGUCGACUGCAAUAACGCUGCGCCACUGUCCCGAGGCAAAGAUCCAAGACAUGGGACUGGGAAUCCCACCCGCCGUGCUUCGCACACUGGAAAUUCGGCGGCUGGAAGCCAUCGAGCAAGUGAUAGAGACGUGUAAUUGCUGGAUCGACGAGUUCAGCGAUACGUAUACCUGCAGAGUGGGAUCACAUAUGUCGUUUGAAUGCAGUUCGAUGCUGCUCGGUGCGCUCAUGAAGCAGAUGAGAAGUAUCGGUGUCAUGGAGCCUCAAGCAAGUGCGCCGUUUGAUGGAUUCAGCCUUGAAGAUGUGUACAAGAGCAUCAAGGCUUUGAGGUCACCCAUAUGGGAGACGUUUGAUCAGGUCAACGAACUCUACCCUAGGAAGCACGCAUGUAGCUUUGAAGAGACAAUUAUAAGAGAUGUCGAAUAUGGCGUGGCAAGGGCAAAGGGACUGAUGCUCAUCGACUUUGUGGAUUGCGGCGAGAAUGCGGAGGGACUGAGGGUUUCAUGUUGA